AUGCAAUUAAUGCCUCUAGAUAUGAAUCUUCUUACAAUAUUUAAAAAAAAAGAAAAAAACUUAUCAAUGGUAAAUAUUGGUUUAUUGUCAUUAACAUCACGCAAUGGAACAAGAUUAACAACUCUCUUGUCGGAGGUUAAAGAUCUCAUUAGAAAAAGAUUAUACAUACGUGUAGAAAAAUAUGAUAAUUUAAUUCAUGAAAUACCAUAUAUUUAUUUAGAAGCAACAAAAGUAUGCCCACAUCUUGAUGUACGUGUUUUGUUAGAUCCAAGAAAAGAAAUUAAUUAUCAGGUAUUUAUUGGAGAUAAUGAUGUUGAUGAAAAAAAUAUUGCCAUAAAAAAUUUUAAAGAAUAUAAAAAACCUUAUGAUGCUGUUGUUAUUGGUGGUACUUUUGAUAGACUUCAUAAUGGUCACAAAGUUCUUAUUAGUACUGCUAUUCUUCAUGCUUCAAAAUAUGUUGUAACAGGUGUAACAAGAGGUGACAUGAAUAAAAAAAAAAUAUUGUAUGAAUUAAUGGAAAGUUUUAAUGACAGAAAAAAGGGAGUUGAUGAAUUUAUAGAGGAUGUUAGUAUAGGAAUUGAAAGUAGAAGUGAAGGUAUAAUAGAUCCUUUUGGUCCCAGUAUUGUUGAUCCAAACUUACAACUUAUUGUUACCAGUGAAGAAACCAAAAAAGGUGGUGAUAUUGUUAAUUGUAAACGUAAAGAAAAAGGUCUUUCAACUCUUGAUACUUAUGUUAUUCCUUUAAUUGACCAAGCUGAUGAUAUUUUAAAAGAAGCUAAGUUAAGUUCUUCAGCUAAAAGAAGAUCUUUACUAGGAACUAUUUUAAAAGAACCUUCAUUGAAAAAUAUUCCUUCUUCUCCUUAUAUUAUUGGAAUUACUGGUGGUAUUGCUUCUGGAAAAUCAACAAUUGCUGAAUUUUUAAUGGCAAAUAAUAUUGAAGUAAUUGAUUGUGACAAAUUAGCUCAUAUUUUAUAUGAUGAAAGUGAAAAUCUUAAGAAAGGAAUUGCAAAAGAAUUUGGAGAUAAUGUUUUAAAUGAUAACAAAAUUGAUCGAAAAAUUCUUGGAUCAAUAGUUUUUAGUGAUAAAAAUAAGUUGAAAAAACUUAAUGAAAUUGUAUGGCCUAAAAUUGCCGAAAGAGCUAAAGAGAUUAUUAAAAAAAGUAAAUCUCCUAUCAUUGCAAUUGAUGGUGCUGUUCUACUUGAAGCAAAUUGGGAUAGUUUCUGUCAUCAAGUUUGGACAGUUUUUGUUCCAAGAGAAGAAGCUAUUCAAAGAGUUAUCAAAAGAAACGGUUUAUCAGAAGAUGAAGCAAUUAAAAGAAUAGACAGUCAAAUAGGAAUAGAAGAAAGAUUAUCUAAAAGUAAUGUUGCAUUAUGUUCUCUCUGGGAUAAAUCUGAAACUAGAAGACAAGUAUCAUUAGCUUUAGAGACAGUUAAAAAAUGCUACAUUGGGAAAUAA